AUGACCAUUCCGAUACCCAAUGUAAUUGUUUAUUCCACCUUAUCAGGAAUUUACGGAUUGAUUGGAAUUACAAGCCUUGCGCUGCUUUUACGAAUUAUUUACGUGGAAUUUCAACAACGAAGGAAAUUUUCAAAAUUCAUCUCUCAGCGAUUUGGACGAGUUCGUUAUACGGGAAAUUCAUCAUCAUCAUCCAAUCAUCAUCACCAACACAAUCAUGAGCAACAAUUUGAAGAAAAUGAUGAUCAUCCUACAACGACGAAUAAGAAAUCCUCUAAGUUUACUAAGUGGGACGAGAGGAAUCUGAAAGAAAAUAAUACAAGGACAGUUGAUGAACCAGUCAAACACAUUUCAAAUUUAGAGUCUAAUCAUGCUGUAUUGGAAUCCAAUUUGGAAAAGAUUGAUGAAAAUGAGCGUUUAGAUAAUUCUUUGAAAGAUCACCAACAUGAUACUAGUAGUGGAGAGGAAGAAAUUGGAUCACGAAUGACCAGUAGUGGUGGACAUCAUAAUAAUGAUUCCUCAACAACAAUUCACAUUUCAUCAUCUUCAUCCUUUAAAAAACCAGAAAGCACAUUUUCUGAUAAGAGAUUAAUGUUUGCACUCAUAGUGAUCUUGUCAUUGGUUCGAUGUACACAAUUAGCAGUGCAAGCUUCAUUGCCAGAUUUUUCGGAAUAUAGAGAGCUCUUAAUUUUGGUUAGCUCAUUUCCUGGAUAUGUCUACUCAUCACUCAUGCUCAUGUUAGUUUUCUUUUGGACUGAAAUGACCAUUUUGUCCAUUCGAAAACAGCCCCUUCUUUCUGAAAUUUCGGAAACCAAUCAAGAAGAAGCAACAGGGUUAUUGGAAUCUGAACAUUCUUCAGAAUAUCAUCAACAAAAUAGUGAAGUUAUUCGAAAGAAAACAAUCAGAACUAUUUUGAAUUAUUUAACAGCGAGUUCAUUUCUCAAGACGUUAUUCUUUGUUGUGAAUUUUAUCAUGUACAUGACCAUGUUGGUGAAUGAUUCACUUUUAUUAUUUCAAUUUUCUGGAGACGAUCCAAGAGGAUCUGACAAUAAUGACUACACCAAUCCAUCCCCAUACAGUGCUAUAGAAAUUGUGGCAGUUUCCGUGCCGACUGUUUUAUUUAUCAUUUGUGCUCUACUUGUCAUAAUAUUAGGAAUUACCUUGUUUAGGAGACAUUUGAAAAAUUAUCGAGCUAGUUCAUCUAGAAAUAUUGUUUCACUCUAUACUAUUAUCUAUGUAUCGGUGGUGACCUUGACAGAUUUUAUUGUUUUACUAGGAAGAGCAGGAUUAUUAAUUGCACAAAUGUUUUUGUCAUGGCUUGAAACCAAAUGGCAAACCAUUCUCUGUUACUACUCAUUGGGUGAAAUUAUUCCAUUAUUAGUCUUGAAUUAUGCCCUAUACAAGAUGGGAACUUUAUCCAUGCUUCAUUCCGCCACCACAGUUCACACUCAUCACAGCAACGAUGACGCAAAAUUUCAAGACGUCAUCACUACUGGAAAAAACACAAAAACACCUACACUCAAGAAGACUUCACAAAAACUCAUCUCCUACAUGUCAGAAAAAGCUCAAAACUAUUAUUCGCAUUGGGAUGAAAGCACAGAGGAAGUCGAUUUUCAACAUCCACACGAUCCACAACGACCUCACCAUCACGAUUACAACAAAUACGACGAUGACAAUGGCACUGAAAAAGACAUGGAAGGAGAAACAUCAGCCAGUGAUUCUCCAUCAGCGGCCACAAGCAGCACAACUCACUCACGAAAGAAUUAUGGAAGUGUGGGUGAAAUCCAAAAAUUUCCUUCACAACAUCCACAUGCUCAUACUACCAGCAACAACCAUGCCAAAAGAAAGGGAACCCAUUCAAAUACUUCAUCGUCGUCACAUACACACUCAUCUCACAAAAACAAAGUUUGUUCCAUUCCAUCCCCUUCUCAUUCCUUAAUUCAGAAAGUUCAUAAUGCUCAUGCAGGAAAUGUCUCUCUCAAGAAUGCCUAUCAUGAAUUUACAGGAAUUGCAAGUGACGACGAGUAA